AUGGAAAUCGAGGAAUCUCUUGAUAAUCGUGUCGAUAUGGAUAGUAUUCGUGUAAAGCGAAAGACUUUGCAGAAUUUGCUCGAAGAUUGCCAAAGAGCUCUUGAGCUUCUCGGCGAUAGAAACGGUAUCUCCCAAGACCGCGGCGGAGAAGAAAGCGAGGGAUCGGACAGGGAAGAGUUGUCUUCUUCCGAUCCAUCAGAUCCUGAAGCCGAUCAAUUAUAUGAGCUCAUCAAAUCUAGAGUUGAGUGUCAUGACUUUCGUGCAAAGAUAGAGUUAGCCCAAGUUUCAGUUCUCCAAGAUAUUGCUGAAGAUAGUAGCUCUUGGGAUGUUGUUAGUGAAGAUGAUAUAUGGAGUGAAGAAAGUAUGGGUCAAACAGAAGAUGAUUAUGUGGUUGUUAGGGAAGAAGAUAUAGCGGACGGUAUUGCCUGUUUCAUGGCUACAUAUUUAUCAUCCCUUAAGCAGACAAAGGAUAUAUCACCUGAUCAGCUUCAGAAAGCACUUAGCACGAUGUUUUCAGUAAAGAAGAGAAAGGGGAAGCUUCGUAAAGCGUGGGAAGGGAGUAAAGUGAUUUACAACGUAGCAUCAUGGAGCGCAACUGCGAUGGGGAUCUAUCAAAACCCGGUGAUCUUGAGUAUCGCAUCCAAAGCCUUCUGGGCGUCGUGCCAGGUCAUAUCAAAGCUUGUCUGA